AAUAAACAGGAGCAUUCGCUGUCAAAUUAAUGGUUUAUAAGUGUUAUUAAUGAUGAAUCUCAGACUCGUAGCACGGAUUAGUGUAGCAAUGUUGUUCACGUAUAUGUCGAAUAGUGUGACGUCAUAUCCAAGUGGAGCACCACGCAGUUCUUGUGAAAACGCACUUCCGUUCCACGUACUGGACGGCAUUCCUGUAGAGCCGCAGAAUUACUCCAGCCCGUAUAUCAUUACAGUCAACGUGACUUCCUACGAACCCGGUGACUUCAUUUCAGUUCGGGUGCAUAGUUACGUCGGAGCCCUAUUUAAAGGAUUGUUUCUACAGGUCCGUCCUUUACCGGAUUCCGGUGGCAGACGCUACAAGGAUGAGCCAAUUGGUUCGUAUUUCCGAGAGCUACAAAAUUCUGACUUGCUUAACUGCGGGUAUUCACUGGACACUGUCACUCAUGCUGGCGGAUUUUCAAAGGUGGAGACGACAUUCACAUGGAUGGCACCACUAUUUGCAAAGUCUGAUAUUGAAGUAAGAGCCACCAUUUUAAAAGACUUUGCAACGUACUGGACAAACGUAACGUCAAGAAGAAUAAGUUUUAAACGAAAAAGCGACGAUCCGUAUCCAGUGGAAAAACUCGAGAAACCUUGGGUGAAGGAAAUUAUCAGAACAAUAAAGGCGGAGGAUAAUCCUACAUUGAGAAAACAGUUGGUGAAAGAACGAUUUGCUAAAGGUACAAAGAAUGCUAUUGACCCUAAUGGUUAUAUAAUGGUCAACUAUGUGAAUGACAUGUUGAUGUUUGAGAACAAAUUCCCGAUUCCGCAAAAACAAGAAACGGCGCUUAAUGAUGAUGCAAUACAAAAAUCGCAACGAGAUGAGCCUAACACUGCAGGUUCAACUCCUACGCACACGACCACAAUUGAUGCUGAAGAUAGAUUUAAGGAUCUGGAAACCACUAUUCCGUUACCAGGUGACUUCGGGAUUGAGGAGCUGGUGGGGUUUCGUUUCGUGGAAGGGAACGCUAGCCUUUCUGAUUACGAGAGAUGUCUUCGGGACGUGCUCAGGGGAAACAACUCAAACAUUGACAGCCUGUCCAAAUUGAUUGAAGAGAAACCUUAG